UCAGGGUUUACAGGUGUAGGAUAUCCUAAAAUAACGCCAAUUGCUUUAGCAGAAUAUGUUGAAAAAAAUAAACUUCAAGGAAAAUUAAGAUUUGAUUUAUUUGUGGGUGCUAGUGUUGCUCCUGAAACUGAAAAUAGAUGGGCAAGGAAUUUAAUGAUAGCUCGUCGUUAUCCAUAUCAAUCUGGCAAAGAUGUUCAAAAAGAAAUUAAUAUGAAUCGAACAUUAUUUGCUGAUAAACAUCUUUCGGAAUUUCCUUUGGGAAAUAAAAUGGAAAAAUUAGAUGUUGUAAUUAUUGAAGUAACAGCUAUUACAGAAGAAGGAUAUUUAAUUCCUGGAGCAUCAGUGGGAGCUACACCAGAACUUGUUCAAUCAGCAGAAAAUAUUAUUGUUGAAGUUAAUACUGCUUUACCAAAUUUUGAAGGAUUACAUGAUAUUACUUUUAGUAAAUUUGCACCUUAUAAAUUUCCAAUUUUGAUUCAAAGAGUUGAUGAUAGAAUUGGAACUGUGUUAAUAGAAUCAAAAAAAGUAGAUAAACAACAAGCAAGUGCAUUAGCAGAUGAAACAUCAAUAAAAAUAGCAAAUAAUAUACUUGAAUUCUUUGAGAAUGAAGUUAACAUGGGUAGAUUACCUAAACAACUUUUACCUCUUCAAUCAGGUGUAGGAAAUAUAGCUAAUUCUAUUAUUGGAGGUUUAGUUGAUGGUCCAUUUUCGAAUGUUGAAGUUUGGACUGAAGUUAUUCAAGAUACAUUCUUAGAUUUCUGGGAACAUCAUAAAUUAUCUUUUGCAUCAGCUACAAGUAUUUCAUUUUCAACGGAAGGAUUUGAUCGAUUUUAUGAAAUUUGGGAUGACGUAAAAGAUCGAUUAGUGCUUAGAAGUCAAAGUGUUAGUAAUUCACCUGAAAUUAUUAGACGAUUGGGUGUAAUUGCUAUGAAUACUCCUUAA